CCGGUGUUGUCUGUACAGCCUCACACGUAUGGAUACGUGCAGCACGCCACACGCACACAAGUCCGUCGAUAAAGGGAUUCAUUCCAUCGGCUGGCUAUAGACAUGAAGACACACACAGACUUAGAUGGAUAGAAUCCUCUUCGAUGGCUUAAAUGCACCCGCCGCCCCCAAUUGGCCAAAAGAGACACUGUGCGCACACCGACAGCCAAAAACGAGUCGCCGCCUCCCAUACACACACACGGACGCCAUGUGUGUUUGUGCAUCGUCGGUGAAAAGAAAUCGGCUAUUCGACGUGUCAAUGCACCUCAGACACGUCUAUCACACAAACACACGUUUGCCUGUCUCUCUCUCAGCAGCUGUCACGUCGAUCGUGAGUCCAUCAUGACAGAGGCGACGGCACUCACCCACUGCCACCCAGCAGACGGCUGCACAUACACACAGGGAGAUGGAUCAUUCAUCGUGUGUGUCUUUCCUUCUCUUUCUGACCUGCAGUGUGAAGAUCUCCAUGUCGGCAGCCGUGAAGUUGAAGCUGGAGGCCAGCCACACGCGGCCCUUGUUGUCGGUGGUCCCGAUGUACUUCUUGUCGGCCGGUAGCUCCUCCUUCUUCUCCCACUGCUGGCAGCUGCGAACAUCGGCUGCCGAGCCGUGAUAGCCGAUCCCCAGCCACAGGCGGCCAGGAGAAUCGUCGGUCAUGUCACCGAUGCACACUAUGGCGACUGGCUCACCGUUUCUGUCCUGGACCGCCCCCUGUGUGCCCGCCACCCUCACGUCCUGCUUGUCCUGUGGCAGCUCGAUCUUGGUGAUGCCGUUGCCCUCAAACGCACCACGCACCGAGAAGAGCGACACAGCGCAGGGGGUCGUCGCCACUGCGGUGGGGUCGGCGGGCGAGGUGAGACCGCCCUCGAUGUGGGAGGCGAUGAUGGGGCCGCCGAGGUCUUUGAGGAGCAGCAGGAGGUCGGUGGCAUCGCCCACAUUCUUGAACAUGGCCUCGGGCUCCCAGCCGUCACGCUCACCCCUGAAACACAGACAGGCAGACAGACAGACCAAGGCAGCCAGCAAGGGGAUAUCAUUCACGAGGCACCAACAGCCUCCCUGUCUGUCUGUCGUCGGUUGCUCACUUGUACAGUAGGUGAGGGGUCGCAUCCGUCUUGCCGGUGGCGUCGACGAGUGCUCGCAGGUCAGCCUCAGACAGGAUGGGGUCGGCCGGCCGGCACAGCACUCCACACCUGCACAGAGAGAGCACAAAGGUCUCAUGAUACCCCACCCCCACCCAGAUCUCAAAUGCCUCGCUGGCUGACCUGGAAGACCUCCACCCGCUGGGCGGUGAAGUUGUGGGUCUUGCCCAAUUUCCUGUUGCCCGGUAGCUCCUUCUUCUUCACCCACUGGCUGCAGUUGAGAAGGUCGUCAGUCGGGCCGUGCUCGCCAUUCCCCAGCCACAGACGGCCGCCAGCGAUGCACAUUUUGCCCCAGGGCUCACCGUUCUUGUCCGUCACCGCCCCCCGUGUGCCCGCCGCCCACACGAAGUGCUCGUCGUGGAGCAGGUCGAUCUUGGUGAUGCCCUCCUCAAACGCACCGCACACUGAGAAGAGCGACACGGGGCAGCCGAAGUACAGCUGACACGUGGGGUCGGCUGGCAGCUGCAGCUUGGUGUCGGCGAAGACUGCGAUGGUGUUGGUGUCGUCACACUUGAUGACGAAAAGGAGGCCGCGCCGCCCCAGCACACGCUGCAUCAUGUUCGCAUACGACGAGCCGUGCAGCGAACUCCUGACACACACACAGACCACACACAGACACCCCAGACGGGCAAAGGCACAAUCGCAUAGAGAAUGGCGCGAUGCCCUUCGUUUGUCUGCUCUCACUUGAAGAUGCAGGUUUUGUUGGGUUGUUUCUUGCCGAUCAUUAUGAGGAGGGUCUGCAU